AUGAUGCAGAGCUCACGAGAGCCGACCGUGGCCGCGGGCGGCGAUCCAAAAGAUCGAUCUUCAUACGUCUUCCGCGGCCGCACAAUCGGCGAGUUGGUCGGUGGAGCGCCUAAUUGCAAAGUACAGUGGUCCGCUUCUGACAAAAUCCUCGUCCAUGGGUUUUUGGCGUACUAUCGUGUUACCGCCGAGACGCUGAAAGAGCUGAAGAACGCACCCUCAGACGAGAAGACUCGGAUUCGUACCGUCGAGAAGUACUCAAACCACCAAGGCGCGAACAAGUAUCCGAAGAGUGCGGAUUUGCAUGUGCUCGCAAUCCGUAUGAACAUCGACCUUGCGACUCUUACCGACGAGGAAUGGCGCGCGAUCCGAACGAAGAUGUUGUCGAGCUUGACCUACUACCUCCAGAAGUUCAAGAAGGAGAAGCCGCUCCCAACUGUUUACGAUAAGAAGAUCAACAAGUCGGUGGUCGAAUGGCCCGAGAACAUUCGUAACGAUAUGAUCUUGGGCUGGUAUGUCGCACGAGAUCCCGGCGGCUGUUCCACUAGCAUCGCCAAGCAUCGCCCCGUCGACCCGCCGAGCUCAAUUGCAAAGAGCUCCGUUGCCGGACAUCUGCGAUCGACUAUGAGGGCGGUGCCGAAACUUCAGCACCCACGUCACAAUGGUCAAUGGGAGCCAUCCGGUUGGAGCUCUUCGUCUAACGCGUCAUCGGACUCCUCGCCGGCCACCUCGCCGGCCACUUCGCCGGAUCGGUGCCACUUCUCUUAUCGAGACCAGAAGUUUCUCGCAUUGACCUCGGCCGAAACUAACUACCGACCCGCCGUUCACUCUACCGGAGGACCGGUACCGGAUAUCCAACGCCUCAUCGAUGCUUUGCACCAGCAGACGGACAGACUCGUUGGCAGGCUUCUCGAAGAAAUCAACGCCUUAUUGGUUUCGGUACAGGGUCGGUCCCGCGCCGAAAGUGAUCGCAAGCGUCUCUACGUUGAACACGUUAGAAAGGCAAGGGAACAGGCACGCCAGGACCGGAUGGAGUGCGUAUCACGCAUUAAGGCGCAGUUGGAGGUGCUGGGCCUCGAUGACGCAGAGAAGGGGAUCUGGGCAUGGCUGUACCACGACGCAUUCGACGAGGCACUGAUGAACUUUAUCCUCUACAUGUAG